AUGCCUCGACCACGAAAACAACGCAGUACAAGUACUCAUCGGCGUCGCAAAAAGAGAUUGAGCCCGGAAGAGCGAGAAUGGAUUGUUCCAGAUGGCGAAGACAGCGAAGCCAGCAGUGGCCGUGAUAACGAGUGGUCCGAUGGGGAUUACAGUCCUGACGAUGAUGAAUCCGAUGAUGCUGACGAAGUUGAAGAGCAUCAAAAAGAAGAUAGUAGUGACGAUGGCGACGACGAGGAUGAAUGGGAAGAAGAAUGGGAAGAUCGUCGUCGAAAGAAAAAGAAACAAAAGAGACGCAAACAGAACAAAGUCAAACGUCGUCGACAGCACCAAGAAGAAGACGAGGAAGACGAGGAAGAAGACAGUAGUACCAAUCGCCGUCGACGUACAGAACCUUCUGAUGAUGACGAUGAUGAUGACGAGUCCAAUGGAGACAAUCAAGAUUCUUCAUCCGAGGAAGAAGAAGAAUCUUCUAUUGCCGCCACUACUCGCAGAUCGACUGUCACUCCCAACAAAAACAGAACUCGCAGCCGAAAGGUCACACCAGGAUCGUCUGCCAAGAAAAAACACAAUCUACCUUGUUAUCCUGUGAUUCAACUCUCUUCGGGUAGCGAUGAGGAUAGCAGCAGCGACUCGUCGUCCGUCGUAUAUCUAUGUACACAACCUGCAGCAACACCACAACGACGAGGAAAUCCACUCAAGAAGGAACAGCAGCAAGAUUCAGAUGAUGAUAGUGUGGAAGAGGAACCCGUCCAUCGUCGUCAAAGAUCGGCAGCUCGCGCUUCUUUCUUGGAAGACUCGGAGGAUGAGGGAGCUAGCAACAAUUCACCAGCAGGCAUGGCCAGUUUGCGCCCAGCAGUCGAAAAUGAAACGGACUUGCAAGAUUCAGACGAUGAGGAGAAGCCAAGAUCAAGACGUCACAAGAGACGCCAUGUACACGAGGAUAGCGAUGAUACUAGUAGACGACAACGAAAGAGACCUUCACGGCACUUGGAGGAGGAGGACGAUCAUUCAACCUCCAGCAUUCGGUCCAACGAUCCACGUGCUUUGCGAUACAUCUAUUGCUGUCCCGUCUGCUAUGUGGAAUGCUACCGUCGGCUGCUUCUCAACAUUCGGCCCAAGGAUCACGUAAAAGAUGAUGAUGGUCAUGACAGACAGCAGCGACGUACAUUUGAUAGUAGUGACGACGAUGAACAAGAUGAUCAUGAUAAGAGCGGUAGCGAUGAUAGUGACGACGACGACAACAACAACAAGAACAACAAUACGCAAAAGAAGACAUCUGCUACUACUACUGUUGACCAAGAUGAGGAGGAUGUUUUGGAACUCGGCAAUUUUGAAUACGGUCCCAUUGAAGUUCUGGCCACGGUCGAUCCAACCUUUCAAAUUGCCGGCGCAUUUUGUUUUGGCAAACUAAAGCAUGUCAAACAACAUUUAUCGCAAGAUCACAAUAUUGACACACACCAAGUCUACAAGAACAACGUCUUUCACAGCUUUCACCUGAGUCAAUCGGAUGGGCUCGUGCAACGAUUCCAAAAGAAAGCCUUGGAUAUGAAAGGGCUGGGAUACAUGAAGGAUUACUUUGGUCAAGUGGAGGAUGAACUGCAACUGCUGACGGCCGGAAGACGGCAGUGUCGUCGUUGGAAACGACGACAACAAGAUGAUGAAUAUGGGGAACAAGUCGAAGCGUUCUGGAGUAGCUUUACGAUGCGGGGGCAUCGCAUUUGGAAGGAUCUCCAACAAGCCUAUGGAAAAGACCAAGACCGCGCGACACUCGGGAGCGGCUUUGAUGAUGACGAUGGACAAGUCGACGAUGAGGAAGAAGUUGGUGGACGGGUCAUCAAUCACGACCUGAUUCGUCGUCGGCAGGAAUUCAACGCGGAAGAAGAACGAGCCGCAGAUCGGAAUUAUAUUGCAACACUCGAGCAGAGACAUGGGAUUGCUCACUCCCAAGAUGAUGAUGAUACCGGUAGCAGUGUCGAGCUGGUGGAUACAGAUUGUGAGGAAGUAGUGGAGGAACCAGGCAGCAAUAGCUCGUCGCCCAACCCCAACAACAACCAUGGAGGCGAUGAAGAAGAAGAUGAUGACGAUUAUGCGCACAAGGAGGGACCGCCAGAUCGAGCCGAACAAGAUUACGGAGAUGAAUACUAUCACGAUCAUCAAAGUUCCGAAUACGAGUGCGACGAAACUGUACGUCUAUCUCAAGUCAGUCGAAGGAAACGACGACGUGCAAGCGCUUUUGCGGACGACGAUGAUUGA